AUGACUUCUGGUGACAAUGCUGAAAAACCAAGUCCAUGUGCAAGGGGUUGCGGCUUCUAUGGAACCCCAAGGAAUCACAAUCUUUGUUCUCAAUACUACAAAGCUUUCUUGAAAGAACAAGCCGCCAAGGAUGCAUUAGCUUUACCUGAAAAUAUAUCUUCUCUUACUAUUAAAACAGGAAAAGAUGAUUUGUCGACAAUGAAGACGAAAACAAAGAGGUGCAUUGUUUGCAAGAAGAAAGUGGGAUUAAUAGGGUUCAGUUGUAAGUGUGGUGAAAUAUUUUGCAGGAGUCAUAGGUAUCCGGAGGAACAUGCAUGCAUGUUCGAUUUCAAGUCUAUAGGCCGUGCGAAUUUGGUUAAGGAAAAUCCUCUCUGCAAAGCUGAUAAACUUGAGCAUAGGAUCUAA